CUUCAGUUCAAAUUUCAAUGUCCUGCCAAUUGGAUGGGCAGCUAUAACGGUCCGGUCGUAUGUCUAUUUGUUGGUUUUUAACGGUUUUUUUUUUCAAGAAGUUCGUUUUAGGUCCCAAUUUCGGUUGUUUUUUUGUGUAACUAAUAAAGUUGCGAACGGUACGAAAAGUGUUCUUUUUUUGUUUUAGUGCGUGUGGUCACUUAGACAAAAAAAAAGUUGAAAAAAUAAAAAAAAACCGGCACAUUUACCGGUUUACAAGUUUAAUGGCUAUCUAAUUCCCUUUAAGAAAAUUGUAAUAAAAAAAAAAAUUCAAUAAAAAUAGAAAUUUAUAUUUAAGUUUAGUGCUUAAGUGUGGUGAAAGGUGUUUACUUGUUUUUUUUUUUUUGUCUGUGUGUAACUAUAAAGGAUAAUUCAAGUCAUAAAAAGGAUAUUACUCUACCUGGACGAAAAGGAGACUUAAAAUAUGACAAAUUAAAAAAAGGUGUUUUGGAAAAAGAUGUUCUAUUCUCGAUGUGCCAUGUGUCCAAGUGAAGAACAAAUUUAAUUAAUAUUUUUUUGUAUGUUAUCAAAAGUUUUAAAGAUUUUUAUUUUAAUGAAUUAUAUAGAAUAGUUAUAAGGUGAAAAAAGACACGUGUCGUGAACAGCAACCGGAAUGGAAAUAAUAGGGUAUUUGUAUUUUUUCGGACUUGUCACAGUCAUUGGAAUAUUUUCACAAGGUCUCGUGUGUGCCUUGCGUGACGUAAGUGUUAGCAUUCCCAACGCUGUUCGUCGCAGUGAAAGAGCAAUCUUGAAGUGUCUCUAUGACAUGGAAGGUGACAGUUUAUAUUCAGUCAAAUGGUAUAAGGGACGAAGGGAAUUCUAUCGAUAUACCCCUAAAGAGAAUCCAGCAAUGAAAACAUUUCAUAUUCCAGGAAUAAAAAUCGAUGUUCAUUAUUCGAAUGAAAGUCAACUAACCCUUCUCAAUGUUCAACUUGUCACGUCUGGAAAGUACAGCUGUGAAGUAUCUGCCGAUGCGCCAUCUUUCCACACACUGAUUGCUGCUGGCGAACUAGAUGUUGUUGAGCCUCCAAAUCAUAAUCCAGCUAUAACUGGAAUAAGACCGAGAUAUAAAAUUGGUGAUAUAGUUAGAGGGAAUUGCACAUCAAGGCAUUCGAAGCCAGCAGCGAAUUUAACGUGGACUAUUAACAAUCAAGAGGCAAAUCCCUCACAUGUCCGACAUCAUCGUCCAUUAAGAGAUUCCCGGAACGACAUGGAAACUGCAAUUUCUGGAAUUCAUUUUGUCGUUACAUCACAACAUUUUGUCUAUGGAAAAUUAAAGGUUCGUUGUACAGCUUUAAUUCAUGAUGUUUAUCUAAAAUCAACAGAAAAAAGUAUUGAAGAAGAUCGACAUAAAUAUGGUAGCAGCGGUGGUAGUGGGAAUAGUGUUAAUUUAGUUCAAACUCUUCCCUAUGAUCAAUUUGCUCUACAAGAUGGUGAUUUAAUUGACAAAAAGGAUACUUACUUAACCAACAUACAAGACUUUCUCUUUCAAUUCAUCCCUACAGGUGAUGUGUCCUCAUUGAAUGCUGGCGGCAGUGGAUCGACUGCACUUAUUUCUUCAGCUCCCACUGUCACAUCCGUGGUCCUUCUUUUGGCAAUCGUCCUGCAACUAUCACACUUUUAUAUUCAUCACCUAUGCUCAGGUGGAAGUCAUAGUAGCAAAAGCAGAAACAGAACUUUGAGCAGCAGUAGGACUAACAGAUGGAGAGAUGGACUUACACAACGAAGGACACUCACAAUAACACCAGGUGUAUCCUUAGCGAUGCAGCAGCAAUCAUCGUCAUCAUCAACAACAGCAUCAACAACAACAACAACAAUAAAAUCGUUGUCCUUGCCAACAUUUUCUGUGAAUCCAAGCGUUAGCAUUGGGCAACGAAAUUCAGAGUUUAAGGACUCAUGACUUGAAUAUUGUGUGACAAUAGACGAACAACAAUAAGGGAUUUAAAGAGAAAAAAAAAACAGAAAAAAAAAUAUUCAUACAUGUCCUUUUUUCCAUUAUGUUUAAGUAGAUGUAUAAAAAAAAAUAUAUAAAAAAUAAAAUGAAAUAAAAAAACUAUUCUAAACAAUGAAAACGACAAAAAAAGCUUGGUUUCUUCAAAGGAGACGACGAGUAACGAAUCCUUAUACAAAAAAAAAAAAACAAAAAAAUGUAUUUACAAAAGUAAAAAAAUAUUGUAUACAAAGUUGAAAAAAGUAAGGCAAGAGAAGAAUAUUAGAGAACGUUUUUUUUUGUUUUCACACCUAGAAUUGGCCUCGUUACUACUGAGAAGUAUAUUUAGCCAGAAGUAAUCUUCAAUUUUUUUAAAAAAUGACCUCCUGAGGCUUUAAAGUCGAUUUUUCUUGGUGCUUUUUUCAAAAUAAAAUAAAAACAAAAACUGUCUCUUAGCCCAUUUUGUUUUUUAAGAUGGAUAAAAAUUGUAUGAAUUAUUGACAGUUUAAGUUACAUUUACUUGACCCGAAAAAAAGAAACAAUCAAAAAAAGGACUUUGUGUAAGAGUAAAAAAAAAGCAAAAAGUCAACAUUUAUUGCUUCAAAAGAAUAUGAAAAGUAUUAAAGUUAAAUUAAAAUUAAAUGAAAAAAUAAUUAAUGAAAAAGUUGUAUGACUUCCCUGUAAAAUAUUUAACCUUUUAUAUUUUUUUAUAUUUUAUGUAACAGUUGGUGGAUGGAAUUUUGGUUUGCAGAAUUGAGAUAAUGAAACUUUUAACAAAAUUUGGUGAGCUUAAAGAUGCCUUGUCUUAAAUUGGUUUUGCUUUCGUUAAGGGUCAACAAAUUUUAAGAGCAGUACGGUAGGAAGUAAUUUCAAUUUAUAUUAACAUACAAAAAAAAACAAUUUUUUAAUUUGGCCGUUUU